AUGUCGUGCAUGUGUUUGAAGCUCAAGAUGGACGAAGAAUGGAGACUGAGGAUGUUACUAAUCGUCCGAAUCACUGACGUCAUCCUCAUGGCCGACUGUUUGGUACUGGUCAUUUCCGGUCAGAUACUUUCGACGACCUACUACAGUUCACUGCUCCUCUUUCCUGACUUGAACCCAUCCUUCCUCUGCUCUCUCAUGUUUUGGGGGGAUUUCUGGAUCUCCUGGAUGAACACUCAGUUGGGCAACAGGAAUGUUGGUCAGCACCUGCUGAACCUCUUCCUCUUGAUAAAGUUAUUCAUGUGCGCUGUCGUCGUCUGGUCGCUUAUGCUGGCUGUCGAACAAACGAAAGCCAUCGAUGGCGGCUUGCAAAUUGGUUUCAUCAAAUCAAUGAAAAACUAUCCUACGAAACCGGAAGCCAAAGAGAACAUGGAUACGCUGCAGUUAUACUUCGGCUGCUGUGGGAACACGGGAUAUCAGGAUUGGUUUGGGAUUGACUGGAUCAGUCCCGCUUAUAAGCCUACAGGAGGAAAACCGACCAAAAUACUCUUAAAAAAUGAUAUUAAAAUAAUUAGAAUGCGCAAGGACAGUAAUAAAAAUAGCGUCAUUUCAGUAAACAUUGAGGUCGUCGUAAUGGGCUAUCUACUUAAAAUCAUGUUGGGCGAAUCAGAGCGGCAAAUAAUGUUGACCAUAGCAGUGGCUACAAACAUCACCAUCAUCGUCUGCUUGUUUAGAAUAGGGCUGGGGGCUACCUACGCCAGGGUAAGUUACUUGCCCACUUUGAGGCUGGUCGAUGGUUCGAAUGCAGACGCCAUCACUAGAUUCGUCAUCGCUAUGUGCUUCGUCGCCGCCGUAGUUCAUAUUUUUGAACUGGGGGUCAUAAGGUUGCACCUGGACGUACCCUGCCGAAAGACCGGUGACGUCAUAAAGGCCUUUAUGCUCUGUGACCUGGUCAUCUGCGUCAUCGUCGGUAUCGUUUUGGUAACGGUCCUUUUCGUUAAGAGGCAGUUGAAAGUUAUAAAGUCUGACGGCUACGACGAUGACGUCAAAAAGUUGAAGUCUGCCUCGAAACCUGACGACAAGAAAUCAGAAAACGCUGCAGCUGACGUUAGAGAACUGAGUAAAAAUCCCUCAAAAGUGUCACAAAAUCGUCGAACACUAACUGAGAAGAAACAAAAACCAAACCCUGAGGCCAAAAGCGAAAAUGCCGAUCUGAAAGCUUUAUCAUCCCCAAAAAUGAAGCCACCACUAAAAGCACCCCCGCCAUCCAAAGCCUCUUCUCUAACUACCUCACCAUCCACAACAGAACAUACCCCACCAGUACCCUACUAUCCAUACCCAUAUCCUUCUUAUUAUCCCGUGUAUAUGGUACCUGUUCCUUAUCAUUCAUACCCCCCACAAUCGCAUUUGUCGCAACCGUCGCAGCCACAAUUUUCACCGGCGUCUUCUACCUCUGCCACUGAAGCUACUACGACUUUUUAA